GGUCAUCCAGCAGCCGUCACCCCAACCAAGUGACCCCCAAGAAGAGUGGCCUGAAGAAUGGCCAGAUGAAGAACAAAGACGAUGAGUGCUUUGGGGACGACAUCGAUGAGAUCCCUGACACAGACUUUGACUUCGAGGGCAACUUGGCUCUCUUCGACAAGGCAGCUGUGUUUGAAGAGAUUGAAACCUACGAGAGGAGGAGUGGCACUCGUUCCAGGGGGACACCCAACGAGAAACCAGCUCGGUACCGGCACGACGAGAACAUCCUGGAGUCAGAGCCCAUCGUCUACAGAAGGAUUGUGGUACCCCAGAAUGCCAACAAGGAAUUCUGCACGGACUCUGGGCUCGUGGUUCCAAGUGUGUCCUAUGAGCUCCACAAGAAGCUGCUGUCAGUGGCAGAGAAGCACGGGCUGACCAUGGAACGCAGGCUGGAGAUGACAGGAGUGUGUGCCAGUCAGAUGGCCCUGAGCCUCCUUGGGGGGCCCAACAGGCUGAACCCCAAGAACGUGCACCAGAGGCCCACGGUGGCACUAUUGUGUGGGCCCCACGUGAAGGGGGCACAGGGCAUCAGCUGCGGGCGGCACCUCUCCAACCACGACGUCCACGUCAUCCUCUUCCUCCCCAACUUUGUCAAGAUGCUGGAAUCCAUCACCAACGAGCUGAACCUUUUCAGCAAGACACAAGGCCAGCAGGUGUCCAGUGUCAAAGACCUCCCAGACACCCCCGUCGACCUAGUGAUCAACUGCCUGGAUUGUCAUGAAAAUGCCUUUUUGAGAGAUCAGCCUUGGUACAAAGCAGUUGUGGACUGGGCCAACCAGAACAGGGCCCCUGUCCUCAGCAUAGAUCCCCCCAUCAGCGAGAUGGAGUUGGGCAUCGAUGCCAAGUGGUCGCUGGCACUGGGACUGCCACUGCCCCUGGGCGAGCGUGCGGGCCGCGUCUACCUCUGUGACAUUGGCAUCCCCCAGAAGGUCUUUCAGGAGGUGGGAAUAAAUUACCACUCCCCCUUUGGCUCCAAAUUUGUCAUCCCACUGCACUCCACUUAGAGCUUGUCCCAACACUGAAGGGAGAGAAUAGGAGCUCUGUCCAAUAAGCUGUGCAGUGGAUUGUGGCUGGUGGACUCGUGACGCCUUAAGGAUGUGAAGUUCUGGAGACUUUGCCUUCCAGGAGAAACAUU